GCGGGGGCAGCGGCUGCGCCGUGAGGCGCCGGGCGGGACCGGCGCUGGCUGCCGCGUCAGGGACCGCCGAGAGGAGAGAGCGGUGAGUUGGCCGGGAGUCGGGCCAUGUUCUGAGGGAGGCCUCCAGGACUCAAGCUCGGAUCUGGACACCCCCAGGUGUGCCUGAAGAAAUCGCCCUCCUCGUCCCUUCUGGAGCUCUGGAAUCAUGGCAAGUCCAAGAACAAGGAAAGUUCUCAAGGAAGUCCGAGCACAAGAUGAGAAUAAUGUCUGUUUUGAAUGUGGUGCAUUUAACCCCCAGUGGGUGAGUGUGACCUAUGGAAUUUGGAUCUGUCUUGAGUGCUCAGGAAAACACCGAGGCUUGGGAGUUCACCUCAGUUUUGUACGUUCUGUAACUAUGGACAAAUGGAAGGAUAUUGAGCUGGAGAAAAUGAAGGCUGGAGGUAAUAGCAAAUUUCGAGAGUUCUUGGAAUCUCAAGAUGACUAUGAUCCCUGCUGGUCGAUGCAAGAGAAGUACAACAGCAAAGCUGCGGCUCUUUUUAGAGAUCAGGUAGCUACAGUAGCUGAAGGCAAGGAGUGGUCCAUUGAAACUUCUCCUGCCAGGAACUGGACCCCACCUCAGCCUAAAACAUCUCUCUCUUCCACUCAUCGUGGUUCUGCUGGACAAUCUCAGACUGCAACUGCCUCUUCUGACAAGGCUUUUGAAGACUGGUUAAAUGAUGAUGUCAACUCCUACCAAGGUGGCCAAGAGAAUCGUUAUGUGGGGUUUGGAAACACAGUAAACCCUCCAAAAAAAGAGGAUGACUUCCUGAAUAAUGCUAUGUCUUCAUUGUACUCGGGAUGGAGCAGUUUUACAACUGGAGCAAGCAAGAUUGCCUCAGCUGCUAAAGAGGGUGCUACCAGAUUUGGAUCUCAAGCAAGUCAAAAGUUUUGGGGCUACAAGCAGCAGCCGGAGCCGGCAUCAGAGUUAGGUCAGACAUUAAAUGAAAAUGUUCUCAAACCUGCACAGGAAAAGGUGAAAGAGGGAAAAAUAUUUGAGGAGGUCACCACGGGGGUGUCACAGUGGGCCAGCAAGGUUCAGGGAGUUGGAAGUAAGGGAUGGCGAGACGUCACCACUUUCUUUUCUGGCAAACCAGAUGAUAAUUCUGAAAGACCAUCGGAGGGAGACAGCUACCAGAACAGUGGAGGGGAGGGCUACCAGAACAAUGCUGUAGAUCAAAGCUUCUGGGAGACCUUUGGCAACUCGGAUCCACCAAAAGCUCAAAAAUCUCCAAGCAGCGAGAGCUGGACCUAUGUGGACAAUUCCACAGAGAAGAAGAGCUCCGACAGCUGGGACGUGUGGGGCUCAGGAACAGUCUCCAACAACAAGAACAGUAACAGCGACAGCUGGGAAAACUGGGAGACCAACUGGGAAAACGCAGGAGGGGAGAGCAAGACCAAAAAACCUCCUAAGGCAACAAAAAAGGCGUCUUCAGCUGAUGAUGGGUGGGAUAACCAGAACUGGUAGAACUCUGUUAACCCUGUUUUGCACAGCUAGGAAAGGGAGGCGACACUGGCUGAGUGAGGGGAGAAAGUUUUACACACAACUGGAGUAUCUUGGUUGACCUUAUUGAUCUGUUACUUUUGUGCUUCCUGUCCAUUCUCCUUUCUUCUAUCCUGGUUUAGGAAAAAAAAAAGAAGAGUAGCAUCUGAAUCUUUUAUUACAUAAAGGUGGCCCUCCCUUUUUUUAAAGGAUAGUGAUAACUAUAUUCUCCUUGCACUAUUGAAGCUGGGUACAGUGAUUUUCUUAAUGUGAAUGUUCAGUGCAAGCACACUUCUCAUGGCACAACCUUGCAUGUGUAGGUUAAUAGGUGUUCAUCCAGUCCUCAUAUCAUUUGAGAUGACCUGAGGUGUUUAAUGCAAAGGACAGGGUGUGUCUUGAACAGAUAGCCAUUAAAUCACUUAAAUCAGCAAACUGCAGUUGAAUAGAGCUAGUUUCAAAUGCCUUAUGGAUUGCUCUGACCAUACAAAGUCUGGCAAUUCAAGAUGGUCUUUUAAGAUACUUUUUAUUGGAGCUUUGAUUUUAAACUUCAUGAGUUUUCUUUUUUUUUUUUUUUUAAUCUUUUAAAACUUACUUUCUCCCCUUUAGAAUUAAUAAGGAAUCUAGAGGUAGAUAACUGUUUUGUAAACUCAGAGCCACUCUCCUUCAUGGGCAAAACGCAAAGCCCUGGUGUUCUCCUUCCUUCUCUACUCCCUUCCCCCACUUUGAGUAUUUUAUAAAGAGUCUGGAUUUUCUCUGUCUGUCUUCCUUUUACCCACCUCUUUUAUCUAUUCUGAUAAAAAUGAAAUCUUUCUGCUGCUUAGGGCCUUUCAGACAUCUGUUUGGCAGCUUGGCAGUCAAACAAAUGUAUUAAGAAAGAUUCCAGUAAGAAAAAAUGGGUGGAAAAUAUGAGAACAUUGAGGAGAGAGGCUGGCAGCAAGCCCCUCUCAAGAUGAGUAAAUGUCUGGAUUUAAUAGUAAAUUUAAAUUAAGCAGAUGUUUUCCAAAUUAAUCUUUAAUACGUCCAACUGUAUCUAUCAUGUAUUUCUCUACGUUUUCUUCCUGGAUCUUGUUAAAGAAACACUAUUUUGGAAACUCCUCGUCAGCAUUAAGGAAUGGAAUAGAAGGUUCACUUAUGUCUCAGUUUUGAUCCAACAAGUUGCUUUGCAUGACAGAAACUGUAACUUCUACAGAAGAACUGUGACUUUAGCGACAAA